AGCUUCCAAUAAAAACAGGACAGCAGAACACACAUACCAAAGUCAGUACCGAACAUAACAAGGAAUGUCUAAUCAAUAUUUCCAAAUACAAGUUUUCUUUGGUUAUAAGUGGCCUCACUACUAUCUUAAAAAAUGUUAACAAUAUGAGAAUAUUUGGAGAAGCUGCUGAAAAAAAUUUAUAUCUCUCUCAGUUGAUUAUAUUGGAUACACUGGAAAAAUGUCUUGCUGGGCAACCAAAGGACACAAUGAGAUUAGAUGAAACUAUGCUGGUCAAACAGUUGCUACCAGAAAUCUGCCAUUUUCUUCACACUUGUCGUGAAGGAAACCAGCAUGCAGCUGAACUUCGGAAUUCUGCCUCUGGGGUUUUAUUUUCUCUCAGUUGCAACAACUUCAAUGCAGUCUUUAGUCGCAUUUCUACCAGGUUACAGGAAUUAACUGUUUGUUCAGAAGACAAUGUUGAUGUUCAUGAUAUAGAAUUGUUACAGUAUAUCAAUGUGGAUUGUGCAAAAUUAAAACGACUCCUGAGGGAAACAGCAUUUAAGUUUAAAGCCCUAAAGAAGGUUGCACAAUUAGCAGUUAUAAAUAGCCUGGAAAAGGCAUUUUGGAACUGGGUAGAAAAUUAUCCAGAUGAGUUUACAAAGCUAUACCAGAUUCCACAGACAGAUAUGGCUGAGUGUGCAGAAAAGCUAUUUGACUUGGUGGAUGGUUUUGCUGAAAGUACCAAACGUAAAGCAGCAGUUUGGCCACUACAAAUCAUUCUCCUUAUCUUGUGUCCAGAAAUAAUCCAGGAUAUAUCCAAGGAUGCGGUUGAUGAAAACAACGUGAAUAAGAAGUUGUUUCUGGACAGUCUACGAAAAGCUCUUGCUGGCCAUGGAGGAAGUAGGCAGCUGACAGAAAGUGCUGCAAUUGCCUGUGUCAAACUGUGUAAAGCAAGUACUUACAUCAAUUGGGAAGAUAACUCUGUCAUUUUCCUGCUUGUUCAGUCCAUGGUGGUUGAUCUUAAGAACCUGCUUUUUAAUCCAAGUAAACCAUUCUCAAGAGGCAGUCAGCCAGCAGAUGUGGACCUGAUGAUUGAUUGCCUUGUUUCUUGCUUUCGUAUAAGCCCUCACAACAACCAACACUUUAAGAUCUGCCUGGCUCAGAAUUCACCUUCCACAUUUCACUAUGUGCUGGUAAAUUCACUCCAUCGAAUCAUCACCAAUAGCACUUUCAAGCAUGGACUUGGCACUGCUUCUGCAUUGGAUUGGUGGCCCAAGAUUGAUGCUGUGUAUUGUCAUUCUGUCGAACUUCGAAAUAUGUUUGGUGAAACACUUCAUAAAGCAGUGCAAGGUUGUGGAGCACACCCAGCAAUACGAAUGGCACCGAGUCUUACAUUUAAAGAAAAAGUAACAAGCCUUAAAUUUAAAGAAAAACCUACAGACCUGGAGACAAGAAGCUAUAAGUAUCUUCUCUUGUCCAUGGUGAAACUCAUUCAUGCAGAUCCAAAGCUCUUGCUUUGUAAUCCAAGAAAACAGGGGCCUGAGACCCAAGGCAGUACAGCAGAAUUAAUUACAGGGCUUGUCCAGCUGGUCCCUCAGUCACACAUGCCAGAGAUUGCUCAAGAAGCAAUGGAGGCUCUGCUGGUUCUUCAUCAGUUAGAUAGCAUUGAUUUAUGGAAUCCUGAUGCUCCUGUAGAAACAUUUUGGGAGAUUAGCUCACAAAUGCUUUUUUACAUCUGCAAGAAAUUAACUACCCAUCAAAUGCUUAGUAGCACAGAAAUUCUCAAGUGGUUACGAGAAAUUUUGAUCUGCAGGAAUAAAUUUCUUCUUAAAAAUAAGCAGGCAGAUAGAAGUUCCUGUCAUUUCCUCUUCGGGUUAGGGUGUGAUGUUUCUUCCAGUGCAAAUACCAGUCAAAUGUCCAUGGAUCAUGAAGAAUUAGUACGUACCUGUACUCCUGGAACUUCCCUCCGGAAGGGAAAAGGAAACUCCUCCAUGGACAGUGCAGCAGGAUGCGGUGGAGCCCCGCCAAUAUGCCGACAAGCCCAGACCAAGCUGGAAGUGGCCCUGUACAUGUUUCUGUGGAGCCCUGACACAGAAGCUGUUUUGGUUGCCAUGUCCUGUUUCCGCCACCUCUGUGAGGAAGCAGAUAUCCGGUGUGGGGUGGAUGAAGUGUCGGUGCACAACUUCCUGCCCAACUAUAACACGUUCAUGGAGUUUGCCUCUGUCAGUAAUAUGAUGUCAACAGGAAGAGCAGCACUUCAGAAAAGAGUGAUGGCACUGCUGAGGCGCAUCGAGCAUCCCACUGCGGGAAACACUGAGGCUUGGGAAGAUACACAUGCAAAAUGGGAGCAAGCUACAAAACUAAUCCUUAACUAUCCAAAAGCCAAAAUGGAAGAUGGCCAGGCUGCUGAAAGCCUUCACAAGACUAUUGUUAAGAGGCGAAUGUCCCAUGUGAGUGGAGGAGGAUCCAUAGAUCUAUCUGACACAGACUCCCUGCAGGAAUGGAUCAACAUGACUGGCUUCCUUUGUGCCCUUGGGGGAGUGUGCCUGCAGCAGAGAAGCAAUUCUGGCUUGGCAACCUAUAGCCCACCCAUGGGUCCAGUCAGUGAGCGUAAGGGUUCCAUGAUUUCUGUGAUGUCCUCCGAGGGAAAUGCAGAUACGCCUGUCAGCAAAUUUAUGGAUCGACUGUUAUCUUUAAUGGUGUGCAACCAUGAGAAAGUAGGACUUCAAAUACGGACUAAUGUUAAAGAUCUGGUGGGUCUAGAAUUGAGUCCUGCUCUUUAUCCAAUGCUCUUUAACAAAUUGAAGAAUACCAUCAGCAAAUUUUUUGACUCCCAGGGACAGGUCUUGUUGACUGAUACCAAUACUCAAUUUGUAGAGCAAACCAUAGCUAUAAUGAAGAACUUACUAGAUAAUCCUACUGAAGGCAGCUCUGAACAUCUGGGGCAAGCUAGCAUUGAAACAAUGAUGUUAAAUCUGGUCAGAUAUGUUCGUGUACUUGGGAACAUGGUUCAUGCAAUUCAAAUAAAAACGAAAUUGUGUCAGUUAGUUGAAGUAAUGAUGGCAAGGAGAGAUGACCUCUCAUUUUGUCAAGAGAUGAAAUUCAGAAAUAAGAUGGUAGAAUACCUGACAGACUGGGUUAUGGGAACAUCAAACCAAGCAGCAGAUGAUGAUGUAAAAUGUCUUACAAGAGAUUUGGACCAGGCAAGCAUGGAAGCAGUAGUUUCACUCCUAGCAGGUCUCCCGCUGCAGCCUGAGGAAGGGGAUGGUGUGGAAUUGAUGGAAGCCAAGUCACAGCUGUUUCUUAAAUACUUCACAUUAUUUAUGAACCUUUUGAAUGACUGUAGUGAAGUUGAAGAUGAAAAUGCACAGACAGGUGGCAGGAAACGUGGCAUGUCUCGGAGGCUGGCAUCACUGAGACACUGUACAGUCCUUGCAAUGUCAAACUUACUCAAUGCCAAUGUGGACAGUGGCCUCAUGCACUCCAUAGGUUUAGGUUACCACAAGGAUCUCCAGACAAGAGCUACAUUUAUGGAAGUUCUGACAAAAAUCCUUCAACAAGGCACAGAAUUUGACACACUUGCAGAAACGGUGUUGGCAGAUCGGUUUGAGAGACUGGUGGAAUUGGUCACCAUGAUGGGUGAUCAGGGAGAGCUCCCUAUAGCGAUGGCUCUGGCCAAUGUAGUUCCUUGUUCUCAGUGGGAUGAAUUAGCUCGAGUUCUGGUUACCCUGUUUGAUUCUCGGCACUUACUUUACCAACUGCUCUGGAACAUGUUUUCUAAAGAAGUAGAAUUGGCAGACUCCAUGCAGACUCUCUUCCGAGGCAACAGUUUAGCCAGUAAAAUAAUGACGUUCUGUUUCAAGGUUUAUGGUGCUACCUACCUACAAAAACUUCUGGAUCCUUUAUUACGAAUUGUGAUCACAUCCUCUGAUUGGCAACAUGUUAGCUUUGAAGUGGAUCCUACCAGGUUAGAGCCGUCAGAGAGCCUUGAGGAAAACCAGCGGAACCUCCUUCAAAUGACUGACAAGUUCUUCCAGGCCAUUAUCAGUUCCUCCUCAGAAUUCCCCCCUCAGCUUCGAAGUGUGUGCCACUGUUUAUACCAGGCAACUUGCCACUCCCUACUGAAUAAAGCUACAGUAAGAGAAAAAAAGGAAAACAAAAAAUCAGUGGUUAGCCAACGUUUCCCUCAGAACAGCAUCGGUGCAGUAGGAAGUGCCAUGUUCCUCAGAUUUAUCAAUCCUGCCAUUGUCUCACCAUAUGAAGCAGGAAUUUUAGAUAAAAAGCCACCACCUAGAAUCGAAAGGGGCUUGAAGUUAAUGUCAAAGAUACUUCAGAGUAUUGCCAAUCAUGUUCUCUUCACAAAAGAAGAGCAUAUGCGGCCUUUUAAUGAUUUCGUGAAAAGCAACUUUGAUGCAGCACGAAGGUUUUUCCUUGAUAUAGCAUCUGAUUGUCCUACAAGUGAUGCAGUAAAUCAUAGUCUUUCCUUCAUCAGUGAUGGCAAUGUGCUUGCUUUACAUCGUCUACUCUGGAACAAUCAAGAGAAAAUUGGCCAGUAUCUUUCCAGCAACAGGGAUCAUAAAGCUGUUGGAAGACGACCUUUUGAUAAGAUGGCAACACUUCUUGCAUACCUGGGCCCUCCAGAGCACAAACCCGUGGCAGAUACACACUGGUCCAGCCUUAACCUUACCAGUUCAAAGUUUGAGGAAUUUAUGACUAGGCACCAGGUACAUGAAAAAGAAGAGUUCAAAGCUUUGAAAACAUUAAGUAUUUUCUACCAAGCUGGGACUUCCAAAGCUGGGAAUCCUAUUUUUUAUUACGUUGCACGAAGGUUCAAAACUGGCCAAAUCAAUGGUGAUUUGCUGAUAUAUCAUGUUUUGCUGACUUUGAAGCCAUAUUAUGCGAAGCCAUAUGAAAUUGUAGUAGACCUUACCCAUACUGGGCCUAGCAAUCGCUUUAAAACAGACUUUCUCUCCAAGUGGUUUGUCGUUUUUCCUGGCUUUGCUUAUGACAAUGUCUCUGCAGUGUAUAUCUACAACUGUAACUCCUGGGUCAGGGAGUACACCAAGUAUCAUGAGCGACUGCUGACUGGCCUCAAAGGUAGUAAAAGGCUCGUUUUCAUAGACUGUCCGGGGAAAUUGGCUGAGCACAUAGAGCACGAACAACAGAAACUACCUGCUGCCACCUUGGCUUUAGAAGAGGACCUAAAGGUAUUCCACAAUGCCCUCAAGCUAGCUCACAAAGAUACCAAAGUUUCUAUUAAAGUUGGUUCUACUGCUGUUCAAGUAACCUCAGCAGAGCGAACGAAAGUCCUAGGGCAAUCAGUCUUUCUAAAUGAUAUCUAUUAUGCCUCGGAAAUUGAGGAAAUCUGCCUAGUGGAUGAGAACCAGUUCACCUUAACCAUUGCAAACCAGGGCACACCGCUCACCUUCAUGCACCAGGAGUGUGAAGCCAUCGUCCAGUCUAUCAUUCAUAUCCGGACCCGCUGGGAGCUGUCACAACCUGACUCCAUCCCCCAGCACACCAAGAUUCGGCCAAAAGAUGUCCCUGGGACACUGCUCAAUAUCGCAUUACUUAAUUUAGGCAGUUCAGACCCAAGUUUACGGUCAGCUGCCUAUAAUCUUCUGUGUGCCUUAACUUGUACCUUUAAUUUAAAAAUCGAGGGCCAGUUACUAGAGACAUCAGGUUUAUGUAUUCCUGCCAACAACACCCUCUUUAUUGUCUCUAUUAGUAAGACACUGGCAGCCAAUGAGCCACACCUCACGUUAGAAUUUUUGGAAGAGUGUAUUUCUGGAUUUAGCAAAUCUAGUAUUGAAUUGAAACACCUUUGUUUGGAAUACAUGACUCCAUGGCUGUCAAACCUAGUCCGUUUUUGCAAGCAUAAUGAUGAUGCCAAACGACAAAGAGUUACUGCUAUUCUUGAUAAGCUGAUAACAAUGACCAUCAAUGAAAAGCAGAUGUACCCAUCUAUUCAAGCAAAAAUAUGGGGGAGCCUUGGGCAGAUUACAGAUCUGCUUGAUGUUGUACUAGACAGUUUCAUCAAAACCAGUGCAACAGGUGGCCUGGGAUCAAUAAAAGCUGAAGUGAUGGCGGAUACUGCUGUAGCUUUGGCUUCUGGAAAUGUGAAAUUGGUUUCAAGCAAGGUCAUUGGACGGAUGUGCAAAAUAAUUGACAAGACGUGCUUAUCUCCAACACCUACUUUAGAACAACACCUCAUGUGGGAUGACAUUGCCAUCUUGGCACGCUACAUGCUGAUGCUGUCCUUCAAUAAUUCCCUUGAUGUAGCAGCACAUCUUCCCUACCUCUUCCACAUUGUCACUUUUUUAGUAGCCACAGGACCACUCUCCCUUAGAGCUUCCACACAUGGAUUGGUCAUUAAUAUCAUUCACUCUCUGUGUACUUGUUCACAGCUUCAUUUUAGUGAAGAGACCAAGCAAGUCUUGAGACUCAGUCUAACAGAGUUCUCAUUACCCAAAUUUUACUUGCUGUUUGGCAUUAGCAAAGUCAAGUCAGCUGCCGUCAUUGCCUUCCGUUCCAGUUACCGGGACAGAUCCUUCUCUCCUGGCUCCUAUGAGAGGGAGACUUUUGCUUUGACAUCCUUAGAAACAGUCACAGAAGCCUUGUUGGAGAUCAUGGAGGCAUGUAUGAGAGAUAUUCCAACAUGUAAGUGGCUGGACCAAUGGACAGAACUAGCUCAAAGAUUUGCAUUCCAAUAUAAUCCAUCCCUGCAACCAAGAGCUCUUGUUGUCUUUGGAUGUAUUAGCAAACGAGUGUCUCAUGGACAGAUAAAGCAGAUUAUCCGUAUUCUUAGCAAGGCACUUGAGAGUUGCUUGAAAGGACCUGAUACUUACAACAGUCAAGUUCUGAUAGAAGCUACAGUAAUAGCACUAACCAAAUUGCAGCCACUUCUUAAUAAGGACUCCCCUCUGCACAAAGCCCUCUUUUGGGUAGCUGUGGCUGUGCUGCAGCUCGAUGAGGUCAACUUGUAUUCGGCAGGCACUGCACUUCUCGAGCAAAACCUGCACACCUUAGAUAGUCUCCGGAUAUUCAAUGACAAGAGUCCAGAGGAAGUAUUUAUGGCAAUCCGGAAUCCUCUAGAAUGGCACUGCAAGCAAAUGGAUCAUUUUGUUGGACUCAAUUUCAACUCUAACUUUAACUUUGCACUGGUUGGACAUCUCUUAAAAGGUUACAGGCAUCCUUCACCUGCCAUUGUUGCAAGAACUGUUAGAAUUUUGCAUACACUACUAACUCUGGUUAACAAACAUAGAAAUUGUGACAAAUUUGAAGUGAAUACACAGAGCGUGGCUUACUUGGCAGCCUUACUCACAGUGUCUGAAGAGGUUCGAAGUCGCUGCAGCCUAAAACAUAGAAAGUCACUUCUUCUUACUGAUAUUUCCAUGGAAAAUGUUCCUAUGGAUACAUAUCCCAUUCAUCAUGGUGAUGCCACCUAUAGGACACUAAAGGAGAAUCAGCCAUGGUCCUCUCCCAAAGGCUCUGAAGGGUACCUUGCUGCCACCUAUCCAACUGUGGGCCAGACCAGUCCCCGGGCGAGGAAAUCCAUGAGCUUGGACAUGGGGCAGCCUUCUCAGGCCAACACUAAGAAGUUGCUUGGCACAAGGAAAAGUUUUGAUCACUUGAUAUCAGACACAAAGGCUCCUAAAAGGCAAGAAAUGGAAUCGGGGAUCACAACACCCCCCAAAAUGAGGAGAGUAGCAGAAACUGAUUAUGAAAUGGAAACUCAGAGAAUUUCCUCGUCACAACAGCACCCACAUUUACGUAAAGUUUCAGUGUCUGAAUCAAAUGUUCUCUUGGAUGAAGAAGUACUUACUGAUCCGAAGAUCCAAGCACUGCUUCUUACUGUUCUAGCUACACUGGUAAAAUAUACCACGGAUGAGUUUGAUCAAAGAAUUCUUUAUGAAUACUUAGCGGAGGCCAGUGUUGUAUUUCCCAAAGUUUUUCCUGUUGUGCACAAUUUGUUGGACUCUAAGAUCAAUACCCUGCUGUCCUUGUGCCAAGAUCCAAAUUUGUUAAAUCCAAUUCAUGGAAUUGUGCAGAGUGUGGUCUACCAUGAAGAAUCCCCACCACAAUACCAGACAUCUUAUCUGCAAAGUUUUGGUUUUAAUGGCUUGUGGCGGUUUGCAGGACCCUUUUCAAAGCAAACACAAAUUCCAGACUAUGCUGAGCUUAUUGUUAAGUUUCUUGAUGCCUUGAUUGACACGUACUUGCCUGGAAUUGAUGAAGAAACCAGUGAGGAGUCCCUCCUGACACCCACAUCUCCUUACCCUCCUGCACUGCAGAGCCAGCUUAGUAUCACUGCCAACCUUAACCUCUCUAAUUCCAUGACCUCACUUGCAACUUCCCAGCAUUCCCCAGGAAUCGACAAGGAGAACGUUGAACUCUCCCCUACCACUGGCCACUGUAACAGUGGACGAACUCGCCACGGAUCCGCAAGCCAAGUGCAGAAGCAAAGAAGUGCUGGCAGUUUCAAACGUAAUAGCAUUAAGAAGAUCGUGUGAAGCUUGCUUUCUUUCUUUUUUAAACCAACUUGACAUGGGCUCUUCACUAGUGACCCCUCCCUAGCCUUGCCCCAUCCCCACAUGUUGUGAUGCUGCACUUCUGUUUUAUAAUGAACCUAUCCGGUCUGCCAUGUUGCCAGAUGAUCAAGUCUUGGAAGCAUUGCCUAAAUUUAAUGCUGCUUUUUCUUUAGCUUUUUCCUUCUACUUUUGGCAUAUAUCUGAUGUAAACAAGUGUUCAGAACAACCGCGGAGAGAGUGGGAGGUCAGAAAACUUGAACUGAGAACAUCCCAAUUGUGAGAGAAGAUGAAUUCUUAAGUACCGCUGCCACUGGCCAGCUAUGAAAGCCAUUCACACAGAGCUCUGCCUUCUGUGGUUUCCCCUUCUCCAUCAUACAAAGUAAAGUGUUCGUCUAAUUUACAGUUUUCAAGAUAGAAGCUUAUGGGAGAAAUAAUAUAUAACCCCAGUAUGUUUAAUCUGACUUUUAGCUGUGAACUUUUUUUUCAAUCUUAGAAAACUGAAGGAAUCCUAGAGGUCAAACCUCAGUGACUUCACAUCAUAAAACCACAGGCGAGGUACUUUGGGGGAGGGGAUUUAGUAUUUUGUAGUGGAUUCUUAAAAUACUAACACUUGAGUAUUAGCAAUAAUUUCAGGAAAAUAAGCGUGACCACAUAUAUCUUAACAUUAGCGAACUAAAGCUAUGGGUUCUGAGGCCUUAUCCAAACUCAGUCAUCCAAACGAGGUUAUUUUUUUCCCCUGUUGAUUAUCUUUUAAUCUUUAAAUAUGCUAAAGGUUGUUUUAGUUUGUUUUGUAAGCCAAAACUAUACUAAGUAUAGUAAUUAUACAUUUUUCCCUCCUCCCCUUCUUUCCUAAAUAAUUCUGAGCAGGGUAAUCAGUGAACAAAGUAUUGACAAUUGUUCCCAGAAGGUAAUUUUCAUAGAUGUUUGCAUUAGCUCCAUAGCAAAAUGGAAUGGUACGUGACAUUUAGAGGAGCUAACACUUUUAUUUUGUUAAAUAAGUUUCCAAGAAACCUAGAGUAUGAUGUAUAUUAUUAUAAAUUUUUUUGAUGAGAUGUACUUUAAAUGUCUUUUCAUCUUCUCCCUCCCCUCCAAAAAAUCAGGAAUCUCAUUAGCAAAACACUUGGGUUCUGUCUGCUAGAACUGCACAGAAUCACUGUGAGCAUACUGGUCAGCUUGCAUCAGUGUGACCAUGGGACCCUGAGAGUCACUGCUGCCCUGACAGCGUGGACUGUCAUGGUGCUGGAAUUUCUGCGGUCAUGCAGAUCCAGUUUCUUCACGGUCCCUGCAGUGUGCAUAGUGAUUGGACUUCAGUGAGCAUAUCAGGAUCUGGAGGUUCCAGUCGAGAACUAAACCACAUUUAUUACAAAGAUAUUAUCCCCACACUCCCAGGUUUCCUCUAUGUUAAGACGCAGUGGCUUUUGGGGGUUGGGGGAAGACACCCAGGGAGAGGAGGGGAGAUCCUGUAGUGCUAUUUCAUAAGUGGAUUUCAGUCAAUUAAACUCCACAGCUAACUCAGUAAAUCAUGGUACAUUUAAGUGUUCUGAUUUUAAUAAUAUACCACAUUUCACAUUAUCCACACAGUAACAAUGUAAUAUGUUAAUGUAAAUAAAACUGCUUUUGAUAUUCAGAAAUAACAAGAAUUUAAUUUUUUUAAUUUGUUUACAGUCCUGGGAAAAAGUAAGACUCAUUUGCCAAAAUAAAAGGAAAAAACUUAGUAUUAAGAGUGAGUUUAACAUAGAAUUGUUGGAAAAUAUUGAAGACAGGUGCAAUUAACUUUUGUUUUUGACUAUUGUAGAAGCUGCUUUGGAAGAAAACGUUUCUAAUAACAGAGCAGCUAAGACUGUAAAGACGCUAACAAUAGAGCUGAGUUUAGAACGAGGUCAGCUUGCCAAGGGUGCCAAGCUGCUGCCUGGUCCUGGCUCCCACAGCCCAGGGCUUCUGGGGCAGAGGUCGGCUUCUUGGCCCUGGAAGAGCAGGCAAUGUGUGCUUUUAAUCAUUUUGUUCGAUGUUUUCCUCUAUUUCUUUGUCGGUUUAGUGCAUACGAUGGUGGGUGUUGCGCUAUUUUGCUUCUCCCAUCAAAAUAGAGAAAUUUCUAAAGGUUUACUUUAAAAAAUAUUGCUCUUUCCAUAAACAAGUUCACAAGGUAUGGUAUUUCAUACCUCAUAAAAUUGAUCGAUCAGUGUUGCACAAAUCAAAAUUCAGCCUUCUUUUAACUGCAAAAAUACUUUUGACCAGUAUAUUCUGGAAAGUUGAAAUCUUACUAAGGUUUUAACUUUACCUUGUUUAAAGAACUUCUGGCUUUUGAGGAAAAUCUAGCUUUCCAAGUAACUGAGAUGUACAGGAGAUAAAUCUCUCACCAUUGUGUUCCCUGAGAAAUGAAACACUUUUUUUAGUCUACAUGCCUGUAAUCUACAAAAGAAAUUCUGAAGUCAGAGCAAGUUGCCCCUUUUGCAUUUGCAUAAUUUGUCGUCAGUUCUGUGAAGAACGUGACAAGUGAUUUGUUACAAGUAAUUUGUUUUGGGUUGAGGACGCUUCCCCUGACCUUUCAAAAAGGAAAACUGUAGCGCAGUCACGCUUCCGUCGUGCACAGCUGCGUGUUAUGCCAGGGCUCCGCCCGAGGGUGCGCCCUCGUUUGCCAAGCUCAAAUGCCUGCGCUGGCCUGGAGGACACGCGGGGGCUCCAGCCUGCGUUCACUCCACACCGGCUCGUGACUGAGCCGGGUGCGCGGACACCUCCCUGAGCAGGGGGCUCCGCCAGGGACGGGUGUCCUGGUGGCGAGGCCGAGGGCCGGCCGGCAGCCCAGCCGGGGCGUGGGCUUCAGGGGCUUUCAGAUGCGUCCCGGGUUUUCGUUUUCUUGGUUUUGUUUCUACAUCCCCCACCUCCCACCCAGGCAUAAUGAAGCAUGUCUUAUCAAUGUUAUGCAAUGGACUCAUACGAUUCACUUAGUGUCAGCCACACCAUUUUUUUUAAUGCAGUAUAUUCACCUGUAAAUAGUUUGUGUAAAAUUUGACAGAAAAGUAUAUUUACUACACUGUAAAUACAUGUGAUGAUAUAUUGUAUUAUUUUGCUUUUUUUGUAAAGCAGUUAGUUGCUGUACAUGGAUAACAAACAAAAAUUUGAUGAUU